AUGCUGGGCGACAUCACUCAGCGCGUGCAAGUGGAAACUAUGGAAGAACGGAGUGCACGGCUUGCUGAAGAUGCUCGACGCCAAAGGGUGAGGCGUGCAUCACAGACUGCCGAUGAGCGAUCAACGCUGAACGUCACCGUCGAACGUCACCGUCGGAGACGCGAACGAGAGAGCUCUCAAGAACAAGCUACUCGGCUAGCAGAUAGCGCUGACCGUCAGCGUCGUCGGCGCGAGCAAGAAAGCUCAGAAGAGCAGGCUGCCAGGCUUGCAGAUAAUGCUCGACGACAGCGUCGUCGACGUGAGGGAGAGAGUCCAGAGACACAUUCUGCACGACUUGCAGAAAACGCCGACCGUCAGCGUCGCAGGCGCGAAGUAGAGAGCCCCGAAGGACAGUCUGCUCGGCUUGCAGAAAACGCUGACCGCCAACGCCGCAGGCGUCAACUAGAAAACGCUGAGGAACGAGUUGCUCGACUGUCGCAGGAAGCUCGCCUACAGCGUAGGAGACGUGAAUUAGAGGGUAUCGAGGAGAGAACUGCUCGGCUACGCGCCGACACCCGACGUCACCAGCAACAUCGCGACACUGAAAGUGGUCUGGAGCGUUCCUCGCGACUGGGUUCCAAUGCUGCGCGAAAUCGUCAACGACGCGCAGAGGCAGUUGAGUUCUCAGGGAUAGCGCCUGCGCACGCGGAUGACGGAGGCUCACUAUUUAGGAGGUCUAGACCGAAGAUGUGUCAAUUGCGGAGCCAGACACUUCCUUUGUGA